AUGAAGAAGAUCUUCAAGGGCCAUUCACCUUGGGGCUUUUUGAGCUUUAGGCAUUCUGAGAACCAAGAACCUCCCAGGUACCUCACUGGGUACAUGCCUGUGAAAAGGAUCCACAAAGCUGCAAGCGUGGGGGACAUACCACAAGUGCAGAAGAUGCUCGAAUUUGGAGAUAUUGAUGUAAACAUUACAGACCGGAAGAAAAGGACGGCUCUGCACUACGCCUGUGCUCACGGCCAGUCAGAAAUGGUGAGCCUCUUGCUGUGGUACGACUGCAACAUCGAAGCCCGAGACCGAGAGGAAAGUACACCUCUGAUCAAGGCCACACAGCGCCAGCAUGAGAUCUGUGUGAAGAUCCUUCUGGAAAACGGCGCUGACUCCAACGCCGUCGAUAUCCAUCAGAACACCUCCCUCCACUACACGGUGUACAACAAUGACACCACGAUAGCCGCCAAGCUUCUGGCGUUCAAUGCAGACACCGAAAUUAAGACAAAGAACGGCUACACUCCGCUUAUACUUGCGGUGCUAGAAAACAAACAGGAGAUGGUGGAACUCCUACUGCAGGCUGCAGCCAACAUAAACGCCCUGGAUAACUGCAAGAGGUCUGCCCUUAUACAUGCUGUGAGAACUCAGUCUAAAAACAUGACCAGCCUUCUUCUCCAGCAAGGCGCCAAUGAAUCUUUGGUGGACAUCUAUGGAGCUACUGCACAAAGUUAUGCUGUUUUUGAAACCUUUCAAGUGCUUUCCCAAGGUCCUGGUCCCAGAUCUGAGCUAACAACAAAAGAGGCCAGACAUAAUUUUGAUACCAAGGAUGGCCUCAUACCAUGUUCACACUCCAUCAAGGAAGACAACAAAAGGAUGGAGGAAAACACAGACGCAGUUGACGAGCUGGGGAGCUUUGCCCACAGACCUAGUAACUCUGAGCCCAUAGAAGUAGAAGAUGACCCUAGCUUGAGUACCAAGCCUCCUGUGAUCCAGUCUCCCAUGCUCACCGAGUCCAGCCUCUGGGCUGGCUAUCCGGCGGAUUGGCCUGAACCCAUUAAGUUCUCCAGGCAGCCAGCAGUCUACAACCCAACCGAAUGGAGGGAAGACAUGGAAUCCCGGUCAGUUCCUCUAGAAAGCAAACAGCAGGUGGCAGUCUUGCCGGGAAAGAAGGCAAAGGGACAAACACUGGAGCUGCAGAGCAGCAGGGCUGUCACGGAGCCUGGUGCCAGCAGUCCUGACCUUCCAUCAGGAGAGGAUGCCAAGGAUGAAUUGGUGUCACUUUUAGCCUCUCUGGAGAAAAAAAAACCACAAAUGAAAGAAUUUCCAGUAACUGAAGCUGCCAAGUGUCAGACAGAUGUCAAGCUGCAGAGACAAGGUGUUUUAGAAUUUGAAGAAAAGGGACUUGAAAUUUGCCAAGACAGCAAUCUAGAAGCAGCUGAAAGUACUGAGUCCUAUUCAAUACUAAGGUUCACCAAACCUGAUGUUAGUGACCCUGAGCCCACAUCAAGAAAGGAUGAAUAUAAGUUUGAUACAAAGGACGAGGAUGGGUUAGAGAGGCAUCUUCUGGCCCCCAGAGCGUCCCAGCAUCAAGCCAAGCCGACGAGCCCUCCACCUGUACAACUCCAAGAAAGAUCUCGGGAGCCAGAGAUGGGCAUGGCUUCUGAUGAGGAAGAUACGUCUGGACUUUCAAAAUCCGCUAAGGGCCAAAUACUUGAGGGAAAGUUGACAUUAGGAGAAAUCCCGGAGGGUAAAGAAACUGUACAAUGUGUCAUUAACAAGCCAACGCAGAAGGGUGAUGCGAUCUAUAAAGAUGUCAACGCUAGUGUUUACCUCAAGGAAGAGCGACCACCUGAUGUCUCAGGAAAAGCUCACCUGACGUCGGCCCCCACUACACUGACCUACAAUACGCUUGAUUGUGGCGACAGAGAUGUAAGCGCUGCGCUGGUCUCUGAAGCACUGCGGACCUCUCCCAGACAGGAGGAAGGUGGCCUUGGAAAUGCCUUUCCAUCUCCCUCGUCCUCUCAGGACGUGGACUACAGUGGCCAGUCACUUACUAAGUUUCCCUUAAUGAGAAAUAAAUUAGACUGUGAAAAUAACACGUCUGAAUUGGAAGAAUCUUUUCAUAAAAGAAGAGAGAAAUCUUCUAAAAAUAUUGAAAGCAGAAAGGUAAAAGGUAAGUGCCCAGAAGUACGUAUGGGUGAAAAGCAAGGAGGCCAUGAGUUCAAGAGCCAGUCGCAAAAAACUGUGAAACCAAAACGCACCGACUGGCAGUUAGAUAUCGGACACAUGCUGAAGUCCAGUGAUGACAACAGGAAACAACAAGAAAGGAGUCACGUGAGCGAAGUAAAAAGUUGGGGUGAUUCUACCCUUGUAAGCGACAUGAACAGGAAAAGUAAAGGCACACAGGACCUGUUCCUAAAGCCACUGCCCUGCAAGGGCCAUUGUGAAGCCCCAGCGCGCGCCGUGGGAACCGCCAGCGAUGCGCCCCCUGGUGGCCAGACGACUAGAGCUUUCGCGAAUGAAGAACUGCGAGACAGGCUGUCAGACAGUGAGUUCCGAAUAUUGGAGGAAGAGAUCCUGGCCUGGGAGAGAGUCCACCUUGAAAACGAGAGUGUCUCUGAGAAUCUGCUAAACAAGUGUGAGGGGAUUAUAUCUGAUGCCACAGAUCAACAAGGGCAGUAUCUAGACAUGGACCAGGUAGCAGAAGUGGACUCGGAGGGGACAUCACAGCUGGAACAAAAGAAUCUUGACAGCAGUGAGAAUACUCAGCUGUCGGAUCCAGACCUCUCAAAGAUGUGCCCACAAACACAGAGCACACCUGCAGAUCCAACCACGCUGAGCCAGCCCCUGUCUGAGAAGGAAGGCAAGCAAACUCAACCCCCAUCUUUGCACCUCAAAAAAAUGUCUGAAGAUCUGGAAAUAAACAAGAAAUAUGACAAAGAAUGUGCACCGGGACACCCAGAAGUCCCUUCGGUGAAAGUACAUGGGAGAGAGCCUCUCACUGGAGACACAACAGGGAAGAACAGAGGGUCGAACAAAAGCAGCUCUGAGCUGCAGCACACAGCUGGGGAUGUGUUGGAGAACAUUUGUCCUGCGGAGGAUCCGGAUGACUGUAGAAGAACUCACUUCAAGGUUGAAGAAAUAAGCAAGAAGCAAGGGAGUCUGAAAUUGGAAGUCUCGGAGCUGUCUCCUGCUGAAGAGAAAGAUGAACUUGCUAAGUGUGUUCCUGACUCGUGUAUAAAAGAAGCAAAGGACAGUGAGAAGGAAGCGUGGAGCCCCCGGGAGCCUGUGGUCACACCGGAAUCUGAGAGGCCUCCUCCAGAAGGUGCUGGUCUGCUACUGCUGAAGGAUGGUCGCCUUCUCACUAAAAUGGAUCAGGCUGAAAGAAGGCUGACAAAGAGAGAAGCUAAAGAAAAGCACAAGACGAAAACCCAAGUAAAUGAAAUGGAAGAAGCUAGCCAUGGAAGUGAGCCUCGUGCGCCAGCCUCAGGCUGGGGUUCUGGCAGCCCAUUGAAGCUCUGCGAUACGACUCACUCAGAUGAAAGACUGAUAGAGCUGAAGAACAGACACUGUGAACUGCUUACAAGAAAACCUGGAAAAAUGGGAACUAUGAGAGAACAGACAGAAAUUACAAAAAUAAAAACCUGGUCACAGCAUAAAGAAGGGGCAUGGGACAAGCUCUGCGCUCUGAGGUUCCCCUUAAAGCAAGACGAGAAACAAGAAAAUGCUGAGUUUAUGUUUCAACAAAAGAAGCCGCAGUUACAAAGGGAAAAGGAGCAAUGUGGUGGGAGUGUGCAGUGGACUCAGUACUCUGAAAUCGGGACAGUGAUCGCAGAACUGAAGGCCCUAGAAAAGGAUCUGAGACAGUUCCACAAUCUGAAAGAAAGUUGGGAGACUACAUAUUACAAAUACCUACACAUGGUCGUAAAACUUCAGUUUAUCGAGCAGGAGCUAAUAGCAAUAAAAACAGAACAGAAAAAGUGUGGACACCUGCUCAAGAACCAGAAGAACUUGGAAGAAGAAGUGCUCCACUUGAAAAGCUGGAUUCGGGAGAGCGAGAUCCAAGCAAGAGAUCAAAACAACAUCGAGAAUUUGAGAGACACCAACGAUGCAGCAAUGAUAAGCCAGAUUGAUCUCAGAAUUAAAAACAUGGAGACUCAGCUAGCCAUGAGGGGAACUCAGCAACAUCUCCUGGAGGAGGGAUGCCCAAACAUAAGCACCAUCAUGCAGAAGAGGGCAGCCUGGCCCAGCCCGUGA